AUGUUAAAGUGGGUACAAUCAGGGCUUUCUGCUGUUGCAGGUACUGCCGAACCAGAAUAUGGUCCAGAUUCAAUUCAUCCGGUUACUGAUACCAUUAAAAAUGAAGAAGAAAUUUAUAGAGAAACUAGUGUUGCUGAUUUUAACUGGAAAGUUCCAACAUCCACUAAUGUUGAAACUCAAACCUUCUAUUUCACUGAUUUGAACACUGGAUAUACUGGGUUUGCCCAAGUUAUUCAUUCAAAUUUGAUGGGGGUUCAUACUACUGCACAAUUUACUUUUAGAUUAUUUAAUAAUAAAGAUCCUAAAGAUUCAAAUAUAACUUGGACCUCAACUAAAUUAGAAGAGUUUAGAACCGAAGGUUCCAAUUUUUACGCUAAAGAUUUAUCUAUUGAAUUAAAUGAAGAAAAUAAUUUAUAUACUUUGAAAUCUGCCGUUAAUAAAGAUUCAAUUGUUGAAUUAACCGUUUCAAAAUUAGUUCCUGGGGUUAUAUUCGGUAAAGAUGGUUUCACUUAUUAUGGUGAUGAUUUGGCUAAUCCUUGGGGAUCAAUGAGACAUUUGUUUUGGCCUCGUUGUUCAGUUAAAGGUAGUAUUAAAUUACAAAACUCCACUAUCGAUAUAAAUGGUUAUACAAUGUUUGUUAUGGCUUUACAAGGUAUGAAACCUCACCAUGCUGCUAAAUCUUGGAAUUUUUUAAAUUUCCAAUCAGAAAAUUAUUCUGCAGUUCAAAUGGAAUUCACCACUCCAAUCUCUUAUAAUACUACUAAAGUUAAUAUCGGGGUGGUUACUACUAAUGAUAAAAUCUUAUUUGCUUCAAUCAAUAAUAAAGUUGAUCAUAUCGAUUCGAAAAUUGAUGAAAUUGGUUGGCCUGUUCCUAAUCAAAUCCAAUUCAACUUUAAUAAAGCUUUAGAAUCUUCUGAAACUAGAGCUUCCGUCAAAGGGGAGUUAAAACAAUUGGUUGAAAGAGUUGAUGUCAUGGCUGAAAUCCCUCAAUUCGUUAAAAAUAUCGUCAGUGGUGUUGCUGGUACUAAGCCUUAUAUCUACCAAUUCUGUAAUGAUAUGACCAUUCAAGUUGAUGAUGUUUCGGAACAUGGUAUUGGUUUCAAUGAAGCUACCUUCAUUUCGGAAUAA